AGCAUCAGUCUGCUUACAAGAGAGGGCAGGCGAGCAAGGGACCCAGUCGGCUCUAUGCUUCAAGGCUGCAGAGUUCCAUCCAUUCCCUACUGAGCACAUCCCUGACCUGGGCACCAGGCAAUCUUUGUCACACGACAGAUUAUGGUGCUGUGGAACUGAUUUUAAACUGGGCUCAUCCCCUGGAGAUGCUCAGAUUUGGUCAAGGGGACCUUAUUGUCACUGUACGUCCCUGGUGGAGGAAUCAAAUCCAGAACUGCAGACAAAUACCAGGAAGAAUAUUACAACAUGGCAAUAUUUGUUGGGAGGACACAUUGAGGACGUCCGAGGAACAUGAUGGUAAUUGGAGCAGAACAUUAAAGACUUCUGCACCGCUCACUACUAGACUCCCCGGAAACUGUUCUGGAGUCUGGAAGUCCACAACGAAUAUUAGGAAGAAAUCCGCUCAAAGGCAGAAGAGACACAAAAAAGGAAGACACUACAGGUCCGAGCCGUUCAUGGGAAGAGGAUCCCAGUCUGUGACAACCCCGCCCUGGAGCUGUAAGGUAACCCUCUGGACUCUUGCAGUGUCCCUGCUGCUUCUGUCAGCAAUGAUAACCACCGGCUCUCCCACUCCAGUCAUGGAGGGGCAUUCCAAUGCAGAGCAGGAGUCGGACAGUUUUGGAACCAUUGAUCCCAGGAGCAUGGACAUCCAUGCAGAGGAGAAUUUAGAACAAACCAUAAAAUCACCAGAGAGUCCUAUGUACGAGAACAGAACCUCCAGAGGCGACAGUGACGAUGAAGUACUAGAUAACGUCCUAUUUCGUGCUGAACGCUCUCCUACUGGUAAAAAGCAGAAGAAGCCUGGAAAAGGUGAGACUGGUAAUAGGAACAAAGACUGCAGCCGACAUAGCAUGAAGGUGAAAGUGCGGGACCUUGGGCUGGGAUAUGACUCUGACGAAUUGAUUACAUUUUAUUACUGCAUCGGGACCUGCCAAAAAUCCAAUAAUUACGACAUCACACUAAGUACUCUGCUCAAAAACAAGCGCAUCACCCACAGCUCCCACAGACGGGUCAGCAGCCAGCCCUGCUGCAGGCCGACCAGUUAUCAACCCGUGUCCUUUCUGGAUAUCAGGAAUGAGUGGCAAAUAGUAGAUAAGUUGUCAGCAGCUAAUUGCAGCUGUGGAAGCUGAUGCUCGCUGUAAAACAAACAUGCAGAAGAAAUAAUGUACGGGUAACAGACCAAGAGGCAUGAGGGCAGGUCGAGAAGUCCGAUGCCCAAAAAGAGAAGCCACAAGUGGAACAAGGCAUUUCGAACAAAGUGGAAAAAUGGAAGCCAAUUGCUCCUACACGUUUCACCUCAGUUGUCUAAAUGUAUAUACUUGGUGGACAACCAGCUCGGGAUUGGGUUUUUGCUAAUAAAACCUCUCACAGGGGUGGAAGAUUCUUGGUGGCUUUAUUGCUACUGAUACUGAUGAAAAAUGUCACAGACCACAGCACAAACCUGUCAGAACCCGGCAGCUCCAAUGCAGGAUUUGACUCAUGAAGGGAUAUAAUGUAGGAGAUCAAGGAAGCUCCACCAAGUUCUCCAAGUAAUCCUCACCAAUCGUCAACUACAAUAUUAUAGACUGAGACACAAGUACAUAAAACUGUCAUAAAGCUGCUGAAACCGGACUAGGGAAAAGCUAAGGGUAAGAAAAGGUGUAAGUUUGUGUAAUUUGCCUCCUUCGUCGUAGACCACUGCAUACGAGUUCCGAACACUGAAGAAAGGCGCGUGUUCUAUUAUUAUUUUUGAUAUCACCUUAUCUGUAUUGCAUUCUGAAUGUUUUCUUAGGGCUACUAAAUCAGGUGAGACAAUAUAUCCUAUUCCACCCUAAUCUGCACCAAUAUCAGCUUAUGCCUUUACGCCUACUGAUCAAAAAUACAUGAAAUAGCAAAUUUUUUAUUCCACUGACAUUCCUACAGGGCUAAUAUACUGUCGAAAAUGAAAAAAUAAGCCACAGUUUUGAACAGGACACACUAUCUCCAGCGCAGGCGCCAGUCUGACGAAUGCGAGCAAUUAUAACAUCAGAUUUCUAGGCUCCUGAGAUUUGUCCUAGUUUGGAAGGAUAACUUAGUUUAUCUCUCCAUACGAGUGCUUUCACACACGGCCAAUUUUGUUGUUGCAGAAAAUUUCUGCGACAGAAAAUAAGUUCCAUUCAUCUGAAUUGGUUUGUUUUGGUGGCAAACACA